AUGGUUAAUGAGCAGAAGAAGCCUACUAUAGAAGAUAUCUUGGGAGCAUUCAUGAUUCAGACUACCAAGUACAUGGAGAAAACUGACAAGUACAUAGAGAGCACUAGUCAAAGGUCGGGGAAGAUUAGUCAAAUUUCUCAAGCUGUAGGUGUCCAACAUCAGCCAGGGCAAUUUCCAACACAGUCCAUAAAUAAUCCCAAAGACUGCAAGUCCAUACACUUGAGAUGUGGUAAAAGCUAUGAAGGACCUUCCAUGCCUGUAGAGGAAAAGAAGAGUACUCCAGAGGAAGAUGUCAGAGCAGAAGAGAAUUCCAAGGGAAAGAAUAAGGUAGACAUUCAGACCAAGAAAGACGCAGUGCCAGAAAAGCUGCCCCCUCCCUCCAUUCCUACGACAGUUAGAGUGCCCUUCCCAUUUGCGGUGAAGAAGAAGAAGUUGGAUGAGCAAUUCUCCAAAUUUCUCGAUAUUUUUAGGAAGGUGCACAUUAAUAUAACAUUGGUGGAAGCUCUGCAAGAGAUGCCUACAUAUGCAAAGUUCCUAAAAGAUGUGCUCUCCAAGAAGAAGAAGUGGAUUGAUUAUGAGACGGUGAACAUAUCCAAAAACUGUAGUGCGAUAAUUCAAAAGAAGCUACCUGCCAAGCUUAAAGAUCCUGGGAGUUUCAAUAUCUCAUGCGUCAUUGGAAAUAAUAGACAGACAAAGGCAUUAUGUGAUCUGGGGGCGAGCAUAAAUUUGAUGCCAUUAUCAUUUUUCAGAAAGAUGAAGAUCGACACUCUCAAGUCGACUACAAUCACACUGCAGAUGGCAUAUAGAUCAGUCACAUAUCCUAAAGGAAUUGUUGAGGAUGUACUGGUGAAGGUACACGACUUCAUAUUUCCCGUCGAUUUUGUAGUAUUGGAUAUGGAGGAAGACAUGAAUGUGCCGCUUAUCCUAGGGCGUCCAUUUCUAGCAACGGGAAAAGCAUUGAUAGAUAUAGUAAAGGGAGAGCUCACUCUUCGUAUGGGAAACAUACGACACAUUUUGUCUAUCUAUAAUGCUAUGAAGAGUCGUGAAGAUGAGGAACUUGUUAUGAAGAUGGAGUGCAAAGCUGUGCACGUUGUAGAGGUCCAAAAGACACAAGCAAUUGAGUCCACAUUGGGGGAUUUUUCAUUGCCACAGUGGAUGUUUGGUUCAUGUGGUGGAUCACUUUCUAGAGAAGAGAAUGCACCAAAUUCUAAAGUGAAGUUGAAGAAAGCAAAAGCUGCAAAUACACCCAAAGUGGAAACCAAAAUUUGUGAUGGAGCUUUGAAAACUACUUGGUGGAAGAAGAGAUUGGCUAGAUCAUAUGCUUCCAAGAUUGAUAGAAAAUCCAACACCACCAUUUAUGGCGUGACAUGA